GCAAAUACUCAUUCAGUUUUAUUUCGAUGUAUUUACGAUGAACGGGUUACAGGUGAUUUUGUUUACUAUACUCCAACCCUUUGUAGUCGUGACAGGAUUCUCUCGCUCAGCAUACUUUACAACGCGAGAAAACACACGACUUACAGUUCAAGUUAUCAAACGAGUUGACUCUUCAAGUAUAACUUCCUGUGGCCAGUUUUGCCUGAGAAAUUCAUGGUGCACCUCAACAAACUUCCAAAUAUCACCCAAGAUGAACGGCAGAGGAACUUGUGAAUUAAACAAGCACGAAGCUAUAGACGAAAAUAGUGAUGACUUUCAUGAUCAAGAAGGAGCAACUUUCUCUCUGAUGUUGAAGGGACGUUUGUCGGCCGGCUGUCUCAAUGGGGGCUCCGGCCUGUCUGACCAAAAGGAAAACUCAUUUUCAUGCUCUUGUAAACCGCUUUGGACGGGAGAAAUAUGUGAAAACAAAAUCGGAAUAGGCUGGCAUUCUUAUUAUCCUGCCAAUUCAUGCAAGAACAUCCGGGACAUUGGAGAGUCCAAAGGGGACGGGGAAUACUGGAUCGACCCUGAGAAAAGUGGAAACCCAUUCAAAGUCUACUGUGAAAUGACAACUGAUGGAGGAGGCUGGCUUCUUGUUGCGAACGUUGUCAAAGACAACACAUCUGUGCCCAUUCAACCCUUGCUACUGUGGUCCUACCGCGCAGUCAGCGAUUAUCAAAGGAACAACAUUAUACUUAGCCAAACUGCGAUGAGGGAACUCAGAUCCAAUUUGCUGUUCACACAGUUAAGAUUCCAUUGUAAAAAACAGGAUCCUGGACGUACGUUUCACGUGACCACAGCAGCCAACAGCACUGGUGAAGCCGUGGUCCAGUAUUUCAGCGGUCAAAAAGAUAAGAAACCAGACGCCUGUGGCUCGUUUGUAAGGAUGGAAGAUGAUAAAUCGAAGGCAACUGGAGUCUGCCAAAAGUGGGGUAAAGGGUUAAAUAAAUGGGGCUCGGUGGAGGUAGAAACAAAUGAAACGAGACUGCAAAAUUUGGUAUUUCUCGUCUGGUAUAAGUAUCACUGGUUUGUCGCUCCCGAUUUUGGCCGCUUUGAAUGCGAUGAUUUGAAAGUCGGUGAGGCUUCUACUGGCGAUUUCUGGAAGGUCUAUGUGCGUUGAGAGUUUAAUAAACAGACUUCGACUACAAAACUGGCAAGAAUAAACACAACAAACGCAUCCGCUAUCAAUCCAAGUUUCCUCCCCCUCGCCCCUGUCCUAUGAUAGAUGCUGUGCAGCUGGGAAGACCGCAAACGUCUAUAUGAGUAAAAUAAAUUCCAAGGAACAUCUUGACUGGGGAAAGCCCCAAUAAUACAGAUAACAAACACAUAACUUUAACUCAUGAAAUGGUAUUUGUAAAUUUCAGAAUAAUUGAAUUCGUAAAGCAAUCUUACUUGGUAUAAUAUGGUAUAGAUCCCAUCCAAAAUGUUAUGUCUUGACAUUCGCAGUCAAUUUUCCACAGCAUCUCUUUUAUACCCUGCUAACAAUGACUCAUCCCCUUUCCGUUUCCUCUGAAAACCACGUGAUCCUCCCAAAAUC